GCGAGCGGCCGAAGCAAGCACGCGAGUUGCAACUUGCGGGUCGGCCAAUGAAGGAUUCAAACAAUCGUCGGACUCCUGUUUUGUUUACGUCUCUCUCGGAAGUGAAAUGAUAUCGUUUAAUCGAAGUAACUUUUAGAAGAGGAAUAGUGUGUGUUUUUUACAAUUUAUCAUGGACGUGGAAGACGAAUUUUUUCCAAGGGAGGACGAUGACUCCCAAGCACGUAUGGAGGAGAUAAAGCUCCUCAAGGAGGAAAUAAAGUCUCUCAAAGAGAAGAAAGACAAAGAGAUGCUUACCAAGAGGACUAUAGCAUUGUUAAAGACCAAAAUGGUCAAAGUAGAUGAGAUUUUGACACAGCACAACGAUAAAACCAAGGAAUGUGACGAAAAGGUCAAUGUAGCAAAGGCAGAAAAACAGGAUGUUUUGAAUAAGUAUAAUGCUAUGAUGGAAAAAGUAACGAGAAUGGAGUUGGCAAGCAUAGAAGACAAACAAUCUAUUGACAAAUACAAAAGGUUGUCUGAAGCUCAAAAACUAAAACUUGAUGAGAAUGAAAAACUAAUGAGUCAAUAUGAAUUUAAGAUCAAAAGUUUAGAGGAUGAAAAGACUGCUCAAUCAGAAAACAUCAAAACGCUACAAGAGAAUGUUAAAGCUUGUAAAGCAAAAGAGAUCGAGAAAAAACAUACUAAGAACAGGGCUUGUCAGACAUUGAGAUCUGAAAAACGCAAUAUUGCAGUGAACACUGAUUUUGCACCAUCUGAACCUGAAAAACCAUUAAUGCAAGAUAAGAUUAUCAUGACUGAUGAAGUACUGAGGAAUGAACCUUUCCCAAUAUAUUGCACAAAGUGUGAACAAUUAAUAGAUCCUGCACCAAUAGAUCAAAUUCUCAAGAUUAUGACAUUGCAGCCUCCAGUUUUAUCACAACAAAUAUCAGCUCCCAAUUCACCAGAACCAAGAAAGAGAAUGAUGAAGAUUCAAGAACCAUUUGAACCAAUUGAUUCAGAUUGGCACAACGAGGACACUACAGUUCAACCACCUGUUUUUAAUGAUGAACCUAAACAUGUAAACAAGCACAUAAUGCAGGAUUCAAAAAAAAUAGAUGAAUCUUCCUACUUACAACUAGCAAGAAGAGUUAAGAAACUUGAAAGUUUCAUGAAUAAAACAAGAAGGAACAGCUGUACCAAUAAUCAAUGUUGUGCUUCUAAAAACAUUAACUUUGUAGUAAAGGUUCCUCAUGAAAAAAAGCUUAAUGAAUAUCGAAAAUGUGAAAAGCGUAAUUUAAAGAAAGUUAAACGUUUGAAGACUAAACCUUUCAAGAUUGAUAAGCAUCAGCAUUUGGAUAGCAAUAAAUGGGUAGUCGAACGUUAUACAGGAUCUAUAAAUGAGAAUGCAGUAGUUCCUGCAAAAAAGAAGAAAUUGAAAAAAAGAAUUGGUAUGCAUCGCAAAAAAGGAAUUGAUUUAUUAUUCGAAUCUCCAGAGCAUUCAGUUGAUGAAGAAAAAUUGAAAAAUGUAAGAUUAUCUCCAUUGCCAGAAAGCUCUCCACCCUCAUACAGAAAUUCAUCUCUAUCACAGAAGAGCUUAUCUCCAUCAAAAUCACCUUCACUUUCUGGUGUAAGCAAGACUAAUAAAUUAGAUGUUAAGAAGAAACUGUUUGUUGAAAAUGUAAAUAUGGAAAAUUCCGUAGUAAAAUCUAUAUCAAAUAUAGAUUUAAGAUUAUCUUGCAAUUCCUUGUCUAGUCAGGUAUCAGUAAGCAAAUCUAUUAAUGAAAGUAUUGUAGAAAAAGAUGCGAGUGCAAAAAAUUCUCCUACGAAUAGUCAUAAUUUACAUGUAAGUGCUAUACCUCAAGAAAUGGAAGAUAAUGAAGAAAAUAAGUAUGGACUUUUGCCUAAUGAAAUUGAAAUGUCCGAUCAUUUAUUAGAUGCAGAACUAUUAAAUAAGAGAAUGUACAAUAAUGAAAGUUCUUGUGCAGAACGUAAUAUUGCUUUGGUGAAUAAAAGUAUUGACGAUGAAAAAAUAAAUAAAACUACAGAAAAUUUGGUGCCUGUUUUAAAAUCUCAAGAAAACAGCUCACCUCAAUUGUUCAUCCAAGCAAACAAUACAGGGAAACAUAACAAAAUUAUUAUUACGGAAAAAACUUUGAAUCUUGAUUCACUGCUUUGUGCUUCGAAUAAUGAGAAUCAAAUUGACUCCAGUAUAUCUACAGAGCCAAGGAAAACACCCUGUAUGCUGUAUGAAACUACAGCUGAAGAUAAUCAGAAGAAAAUUGUAUCCUCAGAGGAAAUUGAAAAAGAUGUUUUAGAAAAUACAUCUAUUACCCAAGACUGCACUCAAUUGCAUAGAGAGAACAUGGAUGGUGUAGAAAUUUCAGAACUUAGCUCUCAACAUAUUUCUGAAAUCGAAAUUGACAAUAGCAAGAGUACACUUGAAGAUGGUACAAGUAAACCAAUUGAAAGCUUUACAAACGCAUUUGUUACAAGUCCAGAAAAAUGCGACGAAAUGAACGAUUUAAUCAAUGAUAAAACAGCGAAAUGCAUUACUUAUGAAAGCGUGAUUAGUACACCUAUGGAUUGUGCAACUCCUGUUGAAGAGAGUUUUAGCAAUGAAUUUUUACUGUCUGUAAGUCCAACAAGUCGAGAUGAAAUCAACUCCAUCAAGAAAAUACCUCCGACAGAAAUGCAAGUCGUUAAAGAAACUGAGAUAAUGGAUGAUACUUUACCAAAGGAAUCAGCGGGCGUCAUUUCAACGACUACUACUACACAUUCAUCUUUGUCGGAAAAGUAUCAGGAGGAAGUCGUAGUCGGACAACAGAACAGAUUAAAAGACAUUAAUUCUGUCCCAGAUAAGAAUUGUCAAAGUUCACAUCAUUUGCCGAUAAUGUUGAGUGCCAUUGGACAGCGUAAGAAAAUGGCAACUCCUGCAGUUGACAAAUUUGAGGAAGUUCCUUCACCUAUCUCUGAUCAUGUCAGUAGAGACAAAAAUGUAUCGCCAGUAGUAUGUAGCUUAGAAAGUAAAUCGAUCUUAAGUAUAAACGACAACAGCAAUUCAUCAAACGCGUCUUCGGAAUCAAAAUGCUUCUCAGUGUCUGGAAUCAAACGUGGAAUAAUAGGCAAAUCAAGAAAUUUAAUAACGUCUGAUGACUCUUCUGAGGAGGAUUAUAAAGCCGAUUCGCCUUGGACGAGGAAACGUAAGAAUUUAGAUGUAGACAGUAGAGAGUCGCCGAUCACAAUAAAAAAAGUGUUGACGAAGAUCGGAAACUUCAGAAAAGCAUGCGAUGAUCCAAAUUUAUUAGAAAAGAUGAUACCACCUUUACCAGAGUUACCAGAGUUACCAGAGUCUCCACCUACUCAAAGCAGACCAACAUCUAUUCAAUCGCCAAAUUCCAUAAGUAGUAUGAGACCAGAGCCAUCGAGCACCAUAAGCGUUAACGAUGCUGAGCUUCCGUACGUACCGCCGACAAAACAGAGGAUAGCUCACACGCCAAAAACUAUCGAGCCUAUAAGUACAUCUUCUGAAGGCCUUGCUGUUAUCAAGAAAACGAAGACGAUUAAGAAACCAAAAGCAAAGUCAGGUGAUAAGAUUUCUGAGAUUCUUGAAGUAUACGACAAAACGUGUAAGGAGAGACAAGAAAUUAACCGGAAGUUGAAUCCUCCGGCUCCUCCAGACAUAUCAUUGAGAAUACUGUUAAGCAAUAGCAAUCCAAAAUCUUCUUUGAUUCAAGAAAAUACGUUAAUAAAACAGCCUGCCAAGAAACCGCGAGGUCGUCCUCCUAAAAAUGCUGUGAAGACAACUGUUAAUACAACUAUGGAAAGUUCAGUUAACUCCGAUUCUUCAAUAUCAGAACCAAUUGUAAAAGAAGAUAAACAAGACAAUAUCGAUCCAUUAGUACGACGUGGUCGACCUAGAAAAACUCCGAAGAAAUCAAACACAAUCAACGAAAAUUCAGAUUUUUCUUUGCAAGAAGCAACUGUGCAAGAAGAUGAAGUGAACGAUACACGUCAAUCAGUAGCACGCGGUUAUACUCCUAGAAAAUUUACGAAAAACGCGAGUGCCAUCGACAAAAAAUCAGAAAAUUCUGCUGAUUUAGAUCUUUCAACACAAAAGUCAAUAGUGGAAAAUGAAGACAAAGUAGACACUGUUCUUCAUUUGGCAGCACGCAGACGUGUAACUAGAAGAGUUUCUAAGAUAUCAAGCGAUAGCAAUGAGAAUCUAUCCGUAGGAAAGUUCGAAUUUAACGAUACCCUUCCACCUUUGGAUACUUCAAUAGCAGAUGAGCCUUUAGAAGAGGGUGAAAUAGACAAUAACGUUUUGGCUGAAACAAGCGAUGUUGCAAAUAGCACGAUGCAAGACGAAACACAAGACACAGAAUCAAAAGAAUGCACCAGAAAGAAAGAUGUUUCAAACAUUAUUGAAGAUAUGGAUGACGAUAGGACUCCAGUGAGAGAACUACGUACUCGUAGUCAAGGGGCGCCAAAAGUUACUGCCAAAGUCAUGGCCAAAGCCAAACCAAGCCCUAAAAAUGCUUCUUCGCAGCAAAUAGACGAAAGCAAUUCUUGUCUGCGUAAAUCGACCAUCAGAUCAUUUCUCAAUGAGUAUUUAUCUACUCCAAAACUUUCAAACAGAAUUCGAAAAAAUCAAGCGAACACUAAAACUUUACAGAAUAAUGAAAUGAUUUGUCACGAGAAGCUUGACUUACUAAUUAAUACUGAGGAAUGGACGACCGAGCAGAAUUCUGAAGUGAUGAAAAAUCUUCUAAGUUCACUUGAAUUGGGAACUAUUGCCUUGGGCAUCGUUGAUUACAUCGCUGAAGAAUGUCCCGAAGAUGAACCUUUGGACAAAUCCAACACUCCUCCAGCACCUGUGAUGCCCAGGUCGGAACAGAAGUUGGUAACUUUAAUCAGCACCAUCAAUCAAAUACAUGCCGAAUUCAGCGAAAUGGUUGAGAAAGGUUUGGAGUACAAGCUUUUCAGGCUGGGUCCUCCACAGGAAGUACAAAUUGUGGAGAGGCUCUUUCGGAUACUGGUUAGCUUAAACAAAAUCAAGAAAGACAGAGAAAAAGUACGAAUGUUUUGUUGCGACGCUCUUUACUGCUUAAACUUACGAGCCAUUAACAUUAUUUACGUUGCUUUAAUGUGCUGGCCUGAAGUAUUUCCAAAACACGAUUCUAACAAUGAUAUCAUAGUAAAAACUAUAGUCCAUAUAGUUAUGACUCUACAAGUUAAUGAACCUUACACUAAACUUAACUCUUUGAGGAAGUUGCUCUCUACGUACUAUGAGUAUCCAAACAGUGGAUAUAUGACUAAUGCUUUCAGAGCAGAGCUUAUGCAAAAAUUACAAGAAAAUGCACCUGGUAUUAAUACAGCAGUGCUCAUACUGUGCAAAAAAAUGGGACCUAACUGGGCCUUAGAGAACUUCAUUAAAGGACUAAAGUAUAUGAUAGUAACUCAAACUCAUCCUUCUUUAUACGAGGCCUUAACUUUACUUGGUAAUUUACUACGCUCGUUUCCAACAAAGACUCCAAACAAAACUGUCAAUGAGACCAUCGAUCAACUUUGUGAUGUACUGGAUAACUAUCAAGGAUCUGACGAUUUACAAGAGGGCGUCGUAUCGUGCCUGUUAAGUAUUAGUAAAUUUAAGUAUACACAGAUAGCCCGAUCUGUGAUCGACUGGCAGUUUGACAAAGAACUCCGCUCUGCGACAAAAAUGAAAUUAAAUUCAUUCUUCAAAGCACACGAUACCAAAUGGUGGUGGAAUUUUGUACAGACUCAUUUUCCAUUGCCUUUAGAAGAUUAGAGUAUUUUUUAAAAAUGUUCAUAAUACUGCGAGAAAUAGAAUGUAUUAUUUUUCACACUAAUUAGGCUAGUUUUGUAAAUAAAUAAGGUAAUUAAAAAAAAACAAACGUUUUUGAUAUUUCAAUAUUUAUGCUGUUAAACAUUUUGGGGGAAACAAGAGUACAGGUGUCUGUUUCUUCUCAAUAUUCAUGAUGAUGAUGAUGAUAAUGAUGGUGAUGAUGUGAUAUAGUAAUAAUAAUAAUAAUAAUGUAAUAAUAAUAAUAAUAAUAAUAAUGUAAUAAUAAUAAUAGUAAUAAUAUUCAACAUAUUUGUAAGCUUCCAUAGGCAGAGCACGCUAGAGUUAAUACAUGUACAUAUUUUACCGC